AUGGGAAAACACAUCGCACGGCAUGCCCAGGAAAUCCAGGCCACCGCUGUGGCUUGUAUGGCUCCCAGUUACAUGAAACCUGCAGAUGAAGAUGCUGUGGUAGAUUACAUAGAGGAAGUUGCUGCUGCUGCUCCGGACACGCCGUUCUACUACUACUGCAUUAACUUCAUGACAGGCAUUUACUUGAACACAGCAAAAGUCCUGGAGCUAGCGGAUGGCCGAAUCCCUAACCUGAGAGGUGCCAAGGUGUCUUCCCGGGAGCUGCCUCUGAUCCUGGACUGUACUUUAGCCGCAGGAGGCAAAUUUGACAUCCUUUCUGGAACAGACGAGCAACUGCUGACCACACUUGCGUUAGGAGUCCGGACACCAAUAAUAAACGGAUUUCUGGGUCCCUUAUUUGCGAGGCUGAGAGACGCCUUUGAUAAAGGAGACAUAGAGACUGCGAGAAAAGAGCAUAUUGCCGCCAGAAAACUGGCUAUUAUCAUGGGCAAAUACGGUUCAGGACCUUCGGGUGUCAAAGCUUUCUUCAAAUGUCUGGGGUUGGAUCUGGGACCAGUCCGUCUACCAGUAAAAAACCUGCCUGCAGAUCGUCUACCUGCACUGAAAAGAGAGUUAGCUGAGUGCGGCCUGGACACCAGGUAG